AUGCCUCGACGUCAACAUAACGCUCUCUGUACACAGACAGCAACGAUAAGCGGCAUUGGCUUCGUCAACCAACAAAUGCGAGUAGAUUCGGUGCUACUCUCAACGAAUGAACAACAGUUAGCUCAACUGUUGUAUAAGCCGAAACUACGGCUAGGUCCGACGGCUGGCGACCGUGAUCAGCAGCCGCCGUCGUCGUUGCCAUCCCUAGCGGAACAGCGAAGAUGCCUCGCUUAA